AUGAUCCUGGUGGUUGGUGCCCCGCACGCAUCUUUUGCGGGAGGGUUCUUCCCCUUCCUCCCCUCGGUGGAGUACCACAAUGAGAUGAACUCUGUCGAGGAGAUGGUCCAGCGGCUUCUGCAAAGCUACCAGAAGCGUCAGGCAGCUGAGGAUCCGCCCCUGCGCGUGGAAGUGAUACCGGAGGAUUCGGCUCCCGGCCUGCUGGCUGACGGCGCGCUGGCACAGGCGCUCCAGGUGCCUGUUUCUUUUGCUGAAGGCGAGUCCGUUGGCUACGUCACGGAGCAAGCGGUGAAGCGGCUGAAAACCAUGCGGAACAACUUGGAGGCCUUGGUAUUCAUCCACGGCUUCAACUGCGACUUAGCCACAGCCAUGGGGCGAAUUGCACAAACCUUCUCCUUGGGCAACAUGGCGCCGCACAUUGUCCCCUUCGUCUUCAGCUACUCGGGAGGCACGGAGCUGUCCUACUUCCAGGUGAAGGCGCACUUCAAGGACUACGGGAACGAGCUCGCCGAGUUUCUCAGAAGCCUCCGGAAAUACUUCUGCGAGGUACAUAUCCUGACGCACUCCUGCGGGGCCGAGUUCCUCUUCGCGAACUGGUCGGCCAUAGCUGACUGCUUUCUGCCCUCACGACGGAAAAGGUCCAGGAGUUCCUCUGGGCCGGGUCCCUCCGGCAG